AUGGACAAGACUCCCGCCCCCCUCUUCCGCAAGCAGAAUGCGAUACCUUCAUCCGCGCUGCCCUCGUCGUCCCCAGCAUUCGGCACGCCCGUCCACCCGCUCAAGCCCUUCAACGUCGCCGUCACCAAGGCUGCGAUCCUCCCCAUCAUCCUGCCUCCCGCUACUCUCCGCCCGCUCGCAUUCCGCACCUUUACCAAGAAACACUCCUUGACCCUGACGUCGUCGGCGCUGCAGGAACUCGCCUCCUUCAUCGGCCGGCACUGCGGUUCAGGAUGGCGUGAGGAGGGCCUGGCUGAGAGGGUGCUCGAGGAAGCAGCUAGGAGCUGGAAGAAUAGGAACGGCGGCGUCAUUGUCGAUGGCUCCAGCAAACAGCUACACGAUAUCCUCAAGACCAUUUUGGACGCGCGCGAUGGUGAUGAGGUCAACACACGGUUGGGCUUGAGACCAACGACGCUUACGAGGGAGGACAGCAAUGCCAGCUUCGGGAUAUCCGGCCUCGGCGUCCAAGAGGAGGCGGACGACGAUGAAGAAGCCAAUGAUGCCCGGACGUGGCUCAAGAUCAUCGACGCCUACGAGCAACCGAGGCUCGUCUUCAACGUCGGCAAGAAGCACUUUGAGAGAGAGACGGCACAGCCAUCACUAUUCCCUCCCGCAUCCCACAAGACGGCCGUCUUCCGCAACCGCUAUAACGUCAUUCACCAACGCCUCCUCCGCAACGAAGCCUUCCAAACCUCGACCGUCUCCUCGUCCCGCCAACGCUCCCUCCAACGCUCGCUCUCGAACCAGCAAUCGCUCAAGAUCACCCCGAUCGCAAACAUGCUCGGCCGCCACGGGAGCAGCCACAUGCUUCUCGGCCAGCUUGUAGUCCUGCCGACAGGAGACCUCGCCAUCGGCGACUUGACUGGGGCCAUUGCCCUCGACCUCAGCCAGGCGGUUGCCAUUCCCGAGGAUUCGGCGUGGUUCUGCCCCGGCAUGGUGGUCCUGGUGGACGGCGUGUACGAGGAAGAGGAGGAGUCGCUGGGCAAAGGGCUCAGCGGCAGCAGCGGUGUUGGAGGGACGCUGGGGGGCCGCUUCCAGGGCUUCUUCAUCGGCCAGCCGCCGUGCGAGAAGCGGAGGGCGACGCUGGGCAUCAGCAGCCCCGACGGCGGGCAGGACCACACCAUUGGCGGGGGCUUCGGCUGGAUCGACUUUCUCGGCGUCGGCAGUGAGCGGGCCGUCGGGGCCAAGAUGCGCAGGCUGGAGCGCCGCCUGCUGCCGCCGCCGCCGUCGCAGGACGCGCCGGCAGGCCGCAACCGCGUCGUCAUCCUGGGCGAGCUCAACUUGGACCAGCCGCGGGCUUUGCAGGCCUUUCGCAAGAUCCUGUCCCUAUACGCCGCCGAGCCCGAAGGCAGCUGCCCCGUCAGCUUCGUGCUGAUGGGCAACUUCACCCAGCACGCCGUCAUGGCCCGUGGCGGCAGCGGCGGCAGCAUUGAGUACAAGGAAUAUUUCGACGCCCUGGCCUCGGCCCUCUCUGACUUCCCCACCCUCCUCCAGGCGUCUACGUUUGUCUUUGUGCCCGGCGACAACGACGGCUGGGUCUCGGCCUUUACGGCCGGCGCCUCGGUGCCUCUGCCCCGCAAGUCCGUCCCGGAAAUGUUCACGUCGCGCAUCCGCCGCGCCUUUGGGUCGGCCGUGUGGACGACGAAUCCGAGCCGCCUUAGCCUCUUUGGCCCCAACCACGAGCUCGUUCUCUUCCGCGACGACCUCUCGGCCCGUCUCCGGCGCACUUCCGUCGUACUGAACCCCGGCGCCGCAGCCCACCCCCACCCCCCCGAUCCUAUGGACAUUGACGCCGGCGCCGCAAACGACGACAAGCCCUCGGCAUCCCCCCCCCCACCCCUUGACGAAGACGUGCGCACCGCGCAAAAGCUCGUCAAGACGCUCCUCGACCAGGGCUACCUCGCGCCCUUCCGCCAGGCCAUCCGCCCCGUCCAUUGGGACCACGCCUCGGCGCUGCACCUGUACCCGCUGCCCUCAGCCAUGGUGCUCGCCGACACCACGGCGCCGCCCUUUUGCCUCAGCUAUGAAGGCUGCCAUGUCAUGAACCCAGCCGCCGUCCUCGUUGCCGGCAAGAAGGGCGCCGCCAGGUGGGUUGAGUACCAGGUCGGCCGCCUGGGCAGGCUGCGCGAAUGUACCUUUUAG